AAGCCAACCCUCUCUCUCUCUCUCUCUCUUUGUGAUCUCUUUCGUUAGCUUAAUUAAUGGCAGAAGAGAUAGCUCAGGAAAUGGGACUGGUGACCCAGAACCGGCAGCCGGAGCAUGUUGUUCCGGUCGGGCCGAGUGAAAGGGGAGUGUAUCUGACGUGGGAGGAUCUGUGGGUAACCGCAUCCAACGGGAGGAGUGCGUCGCACGUUAUACUCGCCGGCCUGACCGGAUAUGCCCAGCCGGGCGAGGUCACCGCCAUCAUGGGUCCUUCCGGCUGCGGCAAGUCCACCCUUCUCGAUGCAUUAGCAGGGAGAUUAGGGUCCAGCACAAGGCAGUCCGGACACAUCUUGGUGAAUGGCCGACGACAGAGGCUGUCUUUUGGGACUUCGGCUUAUGUGACGCAAGAUGACAUCCUGAUGACGACGCUGACGGUACGAGAAGCGGUGUACUACUCUGCGGAACUGCAGCUGCCGAAGACGAUGACCAAGUCGGAGAAGAGGGAGAGAGCAGACAUGACCAUCGGAGAGAUGGGGCUGCAGGACGCCAUGGACACAAGAAUCGGCGGCUACUCGUCCAAAGGCAUCAGCGGCGGCCAGAAGAGAAGGGUGAGCAUCUGCGUCGAGAUCCUCACUCGCCCCAAGCUUCUCUUCUUGGACGAGCCCACCAGCGGCCUCGACAGCGCCGCUUCCUACCACGUCAUGCAUCGCAUCGUCAACCUUGCAAGGCACGACGGAAUGACCAUUCUUGCCUCCAUUCAUCAACCCAGCAGCGAAGUCUUUGAGCUAUUCGACAACUUGUGCCUUCUCUCUUCUGGCAGAACCGUUUACUUCGGACCAACUUCCAGAACCAACGAGUUCUUUGCGCUGAAUGGUUUUCCAUGCCCAACCUUCAGAAACCCCUCUGAUCACUACCUUCGAACCAUAAACAAGGACUUCGAUAAGGAGUCUAAAGAAGGAUGUAGUGAGAGGUUGAACAACGCCAACAAAGCUAUCGAUGUACUGACGAUGUCAUACAAGCAGUCCGAGACGUGCAAACAUGUGGCGAGACGAGUCUCUGAGAUAUGCAAUACGGAAGGAGAUCUGGUAAAGAACAAAAGGCAAGCCAGUUUUGCUGCCCAGUGCGUUGUGCUCACGAAGAGAUCCUUCGUGAACAUGUACAGGGAUUUAGGCUACUAUUGGCUGCGACUUGCGAUCUACAUCAUGCUCUGUCUUUGCAUUGGUACCGUCUUCUAUGAUGUUGGACUCAGCUAUGGGUCGAUUCAGGCAAGGGGUUCGAUGCUGAUGUUCGUAGCAGGAUUCCUCACUUUCAUGGCGAUUGGAGGAUUUCCAUCCUUCGUGGAAGACAUGAAGAUUUUUCGACGCGAGAGACUCAACGGGCACUACGGCGUGGCGGCGUUCGUGAUCAGCAACACGCUCUCGUCGGCGCCCUACCUAGCGCUCGUCUCGCUACUACCGGCGGCCAUGGCGUACUACCUCGCCGGUCUCCAACGAGGGUUUGAACACUUCAUCUUCUUCAGCCUGGUGCUCUACAUGUGCAUGCUGCUGGUGGAGGGGCUGAUGAUGAUCGUCGCCAGCAUCGUGCCCAACUUCCUCAUGGGCAUCAUCACCGGUGCCGGAAUCCAAGCGGUGAUGAUACUGUCAAGUGGCUUCUUCCGAUUGCCCAGAGACCUACCCAAGCCGGUGUGGAAGUACCCGGUCUACCACAUCGCCUUCCACAAGUACGCCAACCAGGGCUACUUCAAGAACGAGUUCAUCGGUCUGACCUUCCCCGGCAGCGAAGCAGGCGGAGCAGCCGCCGUGACUGGGGAGACUGUGGUGAAAGAUUACUGGCAGAUGGAGGUGGGCUACUCCAAGUGGGUUGAUCUGGCCAUACUGUUCCUCAUGGUGAUCCUUUACAGGCUCUUGUUCUUGGUCAUCAUAAAGGUGAGUGAGAAGGCGAAGCCAAUGCUCAUGGAGCUGCUGAAUGCUCCACCCAAGAAGGUCAUGCAGGUCAUGGAACAGCCCCUAGAAGAUGACACAGAACCAAACCCUUGAUUGAUGCAGCAAUUUUGACUUUCUCUGGGUGGAAUUAGUUUCUUCAUCAUCAUUAACAUGUUUUCUUUUUUCCUGUACCAUUUUCUUUGCCUUUUUUUUUUUUUUUUUUGGACUGUAAGAGUUAGUGAUUUUUGUAUAUUGUAUACAGAAAUAAAUAAGGUUUUGUGUACUGUGAUAUGCCAGCAAAUUAAGCU